UUUUCAUUCCAUCUUCUAUAACCUACUAGAGCCCUCGAGGACCGAACUUUUCUGAAGAAUCCAAAGCCAGCGAAGAGAGAAUAAGCAUACCCAGCUAGGCUUACGGCAAAAGGCCAGAUAUAUUCUCAUCACUACUAUUACAUCUUUCACAUCUUUGAGAGAGAUCUAGAGAGAGGGAGAGGACUGAUCAGAUGGGUAAGGCACGUGCAAUUGGCGUUGGCAUGGACAAUUCAGCAAACAGCAAAUCAGCCCUGAGAUGGGCUGUUGAUAAUCUGAUUGAUGCUGAAGAUUGCCUCAUCUUAAUCUACGUCCAGUCCCCCAAAUCUGAUCAUCCCAAGAAGCAACUUUUUGAAGACACUGGAUCUCCUUUAGUUCCUCUGGAGGAAUUCAGAGAUAUUAACCUGUCAAAGCAGUAUGGGUUAAACCCAGAUCCAGAAGUUCUUGAUAUACUUGACACAGUUGCAAGGAGCAAAGGGGCUAAGGUGGUGGCAAAGGUCUACUGGGGAGAUCCAAGGGAGAAGUUGUGUGAUGCUGUGGAUGACCUCAAGCUUGAUUGUCUAGUUCUUGGAAGCAGAGGUUUAGGUGUUCUCAGAAGGAUUCUGCUAGGGAGUGUAAGCAACUAUGUGAUGGUACAUGCCUCAUGUCCAGUUACAGUUGUGAAGGGGACGCCAGCUACCAAACCCUAGUAGACUCAAAGGAGAAAAGGAAAGCAACCUGCUGUGGAGAAUUUGUGGGAUGAAACUGUCUGCAUCAGUUAUCACAUGCGUCUACUAUGUGUGGAAUAUGAUUCGGAUUUUAUGCUGUUUUGAACUUUAUUCAUGUUAUUAAUUAAUUCUGUCUUUACAUUAUGGGUCGUGUUGUAGACAAUUUGCAACGUUAAAAACAAAAAUGAAGUUCUCAAAUCAAUGCAGGUUUUGAAGCAUGUAAA